CAAGGACAUGCAAGUGAUCAGCUGUUCAUUUUAUGUUCCUUUGUAAAAGGUGUUGUGAAAUAUGUCAGGCAAAUCUUUGAAUAUUGGAGAUCAAUUUCCUAACUUCCAGGCUGAAACCAGCCAGGGAAAGAUCGAUUUCUAUGAAUGGAUGGACAAUUCAUGGGCCAUUUUAUUCUCUCACCCUGCCGAUUACACGCCGGUUUGUACUACGGAACUAUCACGUGUAGCUGAACUGGUACCAGAAUUUGAGAAGCGCAAUGUAAAACCUAUAGCAUUAUCUUGUGAUUCGGUAGAUUCACACAUGGGUUGGAUUGAGGAUAUAAAAAGUUAUGGGAAAUUGUCAUCAUUUGAUUACCCUAUUAUUGCCGAUGAUAAACGAGAAUUGGCUUUAAUGUUUAAUAUGUUGGAUAAAGAUGAAUUAAAUGCCCAAGGUAUACCACUCACAUGUCGAGCUGUUUUCAUUAUCGACAGCAAUAAGAAGUUGCGUUUGUCUAUUUUGUAUCCGGCAACAACGGGUAGAAAUUUCGAUGAAAUUUUAAGAGCACUAGACUCAUUGCAACUGACCAGCACCAAAUCCGUAGCUACUCCGGCGGAUUGGAAGCAAGGAGGAACCUGCAUGAUUUUACCAAAUUUAUCUGAGCAACAAGUAUUGGAGAAGUUUCCAAACGGUUUUACUGUUGUAGACGUGCCAUCAGGCAAAAAAUACCUACGUCAGACUACCCAGCCCUAAAUUAAUCAUUCCAUUUGAAACGUUUAAAGUGUAAAAAAUUAAUGUACACAUAUUUUUAUUUUCAUAAAAUAUAUUUGUUGUAAAAAAUUAAAUAUAAAAGAUACAUAAAAUAUUUUUUUAUAAAAUCCUGCACAAUAUAACAGAAGCAUAAAAGAAUAA